AUGGCCGCCACAACAAACCCUCAAACGCCGCGCUCGACCAAGUUUCAGCUCCGGAUGGAGGACGACGUGCCCAUCAUUGACUCACGAGAAUCUUUCUCUGACGUUGUCUUCAAGUUAUCAUCCUACAUUGCCAAGGCCAUCGAUACUCCCUUCACAUAUGAACAACUUCGCACCACCGUCGCUGGCCAGUCAUUGAGACCGCUGGUCUCGAAUUUGAGCGAAGAAUGCCACCAUCCAGCAGUCGUUGCUGCGUUAUUGGCAGCCAGAUAUCUGUUCAUCAACGACCAAGGCGACGUCGAUGCUGGGCUGAAUGAGUCCCGAGCUCUUGCCUGCGAGCUCGUUGCAUGGCAGUUUCUGACCUUCCUGUCGGAGAAGGAGCUCAUUGACUAUCUUCUCUACGAACUCCCCGAGGUCUCAGAGGACAACACGCACGUUUCCCCUUCAGAGACUUAUACAAACAGCCGGCACGCAACUAAUCAAAACGAUGACGGCAGCUCUAACGAGUCCUCGCCUCUUCUUCGAUCACGAUCUUCCGAUCACGGCAACUUCCUCCGCCCGCCGAGGCGUGCGUCCACGCAACACACAGACCGCUUCACCAGCGGUGCUACAACAAGCACCUUUGGAGGUGACGAAGACGAUGCCUCCCGGCGGGCGGACCUCGACGAAUCCAUGGCUGGUAUGAACGCGCUCGAGAUUGCCGCCAUCGGUGACGCCAAGAAAUUCAUCUCGCAAAGCCCCGUGCAGAAGAUUGUUGAGGAUAUCUGGAAUGGCGAUGUCAUCUUCUGGGAAAGCCUUUCGGUCCAUGCUGUCAAGAAGCCACGCGCGUAUAACAAGCGAGUCGCGGAUCCAUUCACCCGGCUCAGGGUGCCAAAGUACCAGAAGGCAUUCCAGAUCAGCUUCUUUCUGGCCUUCCUGGUACUCUAUUAUGCCGUGUUGGUGGAGCGCAAUCCCGGGCAUAUCACACCUACGGAAGCGGUGUUGUAUGUCUUCAUCGCGGCAUUUGCAUACGACGAGUUUGGAGAGAUCAAAGAUGCGGGCAUCAUGUUCUACCAGACUGACUUUUGGAGCUUGUGGGAUAUUGCGAUUAUUGGUGUUAGUGCCGCUUUCGUGGUGACGCGGAUUGUCGGCCUUAUCAAAGACAGCGACUAUAUCAUCGAUGUUGCCUUUGAUAUUUUGUCCAUGGUAGCGCUGUUCCUGGUGCCUAGCAGGAUAUUCUCUGUGAUGAGUCUGAAUCCUUACUUUGGGAGCUUGAUACCGGUGCUGAAGGAAAUGACCAAGGCUUUCUGCAAGUUCCUUCCGGUUAUCGUGGUGUUGUACUUGGGGUUCUUGACCACUUUCACCAUGUUGGCCAGGGAUCGCAUGACACUGAAUGAUAUGUCCUGGCUCUUGAUCAAAGUCUUCUUUGGGUCGAGUUAUCUCGGCUUCGACAUGGCCGUCAAGAUAUCGCCACUAUUUGGAUAUACAUUGAUGCUCGUCUUUGUAUGUUUGACGAACAUUCUCCUCAUCACAUCGCUCGUUUCACUAGUAUCAAAUUCAUUGACCGAGGUCAUGGCCCAUGCCCGCGAGGAGUACCUGUUCCAAUACUCGAUCUAUGUGCUGGAGAGCAGCACCUCACGACGACUGACCUAUUUCAUGCCUCCACUCAACUUGUUCCCUCUGAUCGUACUGCGGCCUCUGCGGCUGUUUCUCCCGUCCGAGGAAGUGCGUCGGAUACGGAUUUUCGUGCUUAAAGCCACCCACGUCCCGUUCGUGGCACUGAUCUGGGCCUACGAGAACUCUAGAACCAUCAUCACUCGUCCACAUCCAACGCUAUCUAAGGCUCCACAUUUGACCAGCCGGCCAUUGAGUGCAGGGCAGUUCAGUUACGACGGGCCUAGGGAGUUUGUCAAGUCCCCCACUACGCGGCGAGCGCUUAACGAGACGUCGCCGUCUGCUACAGCAGAAAUGACCGCUUCGACCACCAAAUCUGCCUUGGGCAGUGCCGAGAGCGCAGACUUGAUCGCCCUCAUCCAGAAAUUGAGUGCUCAGGUUGAUGGAUUGACUGCAAUGGUCGCUGGCCAGAGCAAGGAUUGA